AUUUACGAAUGACAUGACCUGACAUUUAUAAAAAAAAGUAAAUUCGUAUCGGGUCGGUCGUAUCAUUCACGACUUUAGUGGAAACUAGUUUCAAUACCAAUUGGAAAAAUCAAGUGAUUUAAACAUUAAAAUCGACGAAUGAUAUAAUUGUUUGUGUAAAAUGGCGACUCCAGCGGACGUGAGAGCGUUAUUCGAGGCGAGAUUGAAGGAAACAUCGCCACCACCGGACUUCCAUCCACUCGAUUUGGAGCGAGCAAAAGACGAGAAAUACUUGAAAAGGGUCCUUCAACAUACGGAUAAAGAUGCGAAAGAGGCUGCAAACAUGCUCUGGGACAUUUGUGUUUGGAGAAAAUCCGUCGGGGCGAACGAUAUCAACGAAUCUAACAUCCGACUAGAUUACGUGAAGGAAGGUUUAUUCUUCACCCACGGGAGAGACGUAGACGGUAGUCUUUUGUUCAUUUUUAAGGCAAAAAUGCAUAUUAAAGGCCAAAAAGACUAUGAGGAUAUUAAAAGAAUCCUCAUUUACUGGUUUGAUCGCGCUGAACGAGAGGAGGGAGGGAAAAGAGUGACUUUGUUCCUUGAUAUGGAGGGUAGCGGGCUGUCGAAUAUGGAUAUGGAACUAGUAAAGUACCUGAUCACAUUAUUCAAGCUCUACUAUCCAUACUUUCUGAACUAUAUCGUGAUUUACCAAAUGCCUUGGGUCUUGUCUGCUGCGUUUAAAGUCGUUAAGACCUUGCUCCCAGCUAAAGCUGUUGAGCGAAUGAGAUUUGUUACCAAGGAUACGUUAAAGGAUGUUGUAGCCCCUGAACAGGCUUUGGUAGCGUGGGGCGGUAAGGAUAACUACGUAUUUGAAUUCAUUCCGGAGAAUCGAUCAGAACACACUCCGAAGAAAGUUACGUUUGCCGAACAGGGAGAUGGUCAACAUUCUCCCGGAGAGAUGCUACGUCUUGUUCCGAACGAUACUAUCGUUUUCAAAACCGAAGGAGAUGAAAUAUCGGGACAAUUUACCAUUACAAACAUGGAUGAGAGUGCGGUUUCUUUCAAGAUCAGAACGACAGCUCCUGAGAAGUUCCGAGUAAGACCAAGCUCUGGUACACUAGCCAGCGGAGCCUCCCAAACCGUUCUAAUCGUAGUCCAACCAGGAAUACAUCUCCGAACCGUAACCAAAGACAGAUUCCUUGUCAUGUCCAUCCAGAUACCGAAAACUGAUGUGACACCUAAAGAACUGACGCAGAUCUGGCACUCGUCCACUGGCAGCAAGACCGAUGAGUACCGUCUCAAAUGUCAGUUCCCAGAGAAAGAUAUACCAAAGAACGGUAACAUUAUGGAAGGAUCAUUGCUUGAAAAAUCUGAUUCGUCAACUUCGACACUGAGUAACUUAGAACAGAACUACGCAAAGCUGCACCGAGACCUGAAACAGCUGAAGUUGUUGCAAUUUGUUACUCUAACGAUGACCGUACUGGUUGCGGUUCUAGGAUACCUGUUGUACGAGAAUAUGGUUGAAGAGCAUCGGUAUUGUGAGCGCAUGUAGCUGUUACAGAAUGUGGUGUCCAACGCCACUUUCAAAAUAGACUACGUAAUGGCUAUUUUUGCUACGUUACUCUCUAUUAAUGUGUUGCUAUACGUCAUGUAUAGUAAGUUAGUCUAUAAAAUAAGUUUAUUA